AUGUAUUUUUUGGAUAAAAUCAACAAGUCAUCUCUGUAUUACGAAGCUGGAAUAAAAACACAAGGAAUAUCAACAACUACAAUACCGCAAGAAACUGGCAAUGAAAGAAAUGGCGAAGAAUUAUCUCCACCCUAUAAUGAAACAGUUAAAGAGACAGUAAACUCAAAUAAUAAUUAUCCGUUAGAUGUUACUAGUUAUCUAACGGGGAUAGUUUUAUUGUCUUCAGGCACGGCUAAUUUAUUUCGUGGAAAUAAGUAUAAAUGGUUUUCAAUAUUUAUAGCUGGAUUUUAUGUAACGGGCAUGAUAAUAUUACUAUUUAUAUUGAAAUUUCAAGAUGUUGCAAAUCCAAGUUCAACAUUACGUUUUAUAUAUUUUAUAUUAUGCACUGGAAUAGGAUCUUUAGUCGGAAUGUUUUUUGUAUGUUUAUGGCCAACUGGCAGAAUUCUUGUUGGCGCAAUUGGCGGAUUCUCAUUAUCAAUGUUUGCAUUAUCAACAAAAACUGACGGUUUAUUCACAAAUCAAAUAGCACGUUAUUCCUGGAUUGGGGCUUUUACUAUAACCUUUGCUGCAUUAGCCGGUCUGAAAAAUUAUUAUCAGUAUGUGGCAAUCAUAUCAACCGUUGCAACUGGUUGUUAUUGUUUAUUACUUGGCACUGAUAUUUUUGUUCGUGCUGUUUGA